AUGGAUUUACCUAUAAUAACGGAUAAGCUCCCAACCUAUCCUCCAAAAAUUCAAGGCGAUUUACGUUUGAUCCUUCAAACAAAGGAUAUUUUCAUAGUUUGUUAUCGUCAGCUGGAGGAGUACCGCCGACUUGUUGAUGAGCAGAAAAGUCUUAUAACAAAGGAUUUUGUGCAAGAACAACUACAGGCCAGUGAGGAUGAAAUAGAAGAGUUAAAAAUGGAACUAUAUGAAGCGGAGAAUAGGUUAGAGGAUCGAAUAAAGCAUAAUGCGAAUCUGGCCCAACAGCUGGUCAACCACGGCUUUAACGGUGUGGAAAAUAACCUGACAGCUCGGCAGUUGGCCAUGGUUAGAGCUCCACAGACCCGUAAGCAAAUGCUUGUUCAACGCAGGGCCAGUUCCGAUAUGUGUGCCGGUGAUGGUGGUAGAUCUAAAGUCCAUCUUAUUGACAACAUUGCUCUAGCUCUUGACGAGAUUCACAAAGAAGUUCGAAACAAAGUGAAACCGCUUUUGGAUUACUAUCGAGAUUUAUUUUACCUUCAACUGCAUUUCAGCAUUGUCCUGGGGCAGGUGUGCAAUUACUGCAUGCCUAUUGUAACGGAAAACAUAGGGCUACUAGAGCGUGUCUUCUUUUGGUCUGAAAGGCCAGAGUUUGAGCUCCUUCGCAAAGCUUCAGACAUUUCCGAUCGAUUGAAGGAGAUCUACACAAGAACGCAACAGAUUUAUCACAUUCUAUCAGAGUCUGUGCGCUUCCUUCAAUCAAAAGUAGACCUUCAAAAGUCAUUGGAGACACGAUUCCACGAAAGAACUGAUGAACAACAGAAGAUGAAGGACAAAAUUCUGCGUGACAUUCACGCUGCCAAAGUCAACAUGGAUGCAUUGGAGGAAGAAAACGAUAAGCUAGUGGGUAGUCUUGUGAAAAUAAAUCCCAACUUUGUGGAAAGUCAGAAUUUUGCUGAAUAUGCAGAACGUGGAAUAAAGUCGGGAACACUACCACGAAAAUCCGUCAAUCCCACAAAUAUGCAAACAACAAACCAUAUCAAACCAGAGGCGCAGAUGAACACAUCCACUGUCGAUACAACGACUACCAACAAUUACAGAGUUGCUAGUGCCGAUAAAAUAGAGUCUGUCUCCAAUUUACCCAAGAAGCAUAAUAAAACGAAAAAAAGUAAUGAAACUGUGAAGAAACAUCCCAAAAGUUUAAGGAGACGAGAAGUUUCUCGAAGAGCACGAAGUAUUGAGCAUCGAACACCGAGGAGGAGGGGCGAGUCACGGCAUGGGCUGACUAGUGCUAAGGUCAGAACUCUGAGUAGUGGAGAGGAAGGAAACAGCCUUAGCCGAAUGGCUCAAAAUCGGUCACCCGGGGGUGUAUACAGACCCCUCUGUGACACUGAAAGUGAGCAUACUCGACCCCAAAGUGAACUCUUCUCUCCCAAGGACAGGGGAAAAGGAGCCAUGGGAAGAAUUUCGCUGAAAACUCGUCUCCUGGAUCGAACUCGAGGUUUAUUAGAUUUAAGUAGACUUCGUGCGAGAGAUAGUGAGGAUAGCUCAAGUAGCGGAGGUCUUGUCAAAUCUGAACACUUAGAAAGAGGUGACUCAGUUCUGGCUACCUUCUCAUCCCUGACUGGUCGUAGAAGAUCAGAUUCAAGUGUAGUAGUAGCGGAAGGGUUAAAACGGCGAGAGGGUCUGGAAGGAUCCGAGGACCGAAGACGUAAGAAGCAGCGGGAAAGGAGACCAAAGGAUCCAGUUUCAGAGUUUCAGCAGAACUCAUUGAAGGACGAAGAUAUGCUGGAGUUGAACGGAGGUUCUGGCGAACGCAAAAGUCGUCGAUCGAAGUCAAGGAACCGCAGUCGUCAAAACGAUCUGGCCAACUACCUGACCAGUUCAGGGUCAGAUAAUCUAUCUAGUACGGAAAACUCCGUUCUACCUGUUCUUUAA